AUGGACAUGGGCGACAUGGAAGGCAUGAUGGAACUGGGGAUGACUGGUAUGAGUUCCGGUGGAAUGUUCCAACCCGACAACAUGGCGUUGGCCCGGGCAUACUGGUACCUCAUCGCAGGAGUGCUGGCACUACUGUUCAUGGUUCGCAUGUUGAACCACAGUCAGAACUGGGCUAGGUUACGAUCUUCUCGAACGAGCUCGGUACAAUUUCCCACGAAACCGACAAAUGGGCUUUGGCAGAUAUGGGCCACACUAACCGCUGUUGGGCGGGAAAUCAGCUACCCUCAGUUAUACGUCCCAUCGACAUGGUUCUCGUGGAUGACACCACCCCCAAUGGGAAGGGUCAUAUGUCUGUUUAUCUACUGGGCAGUCAUUAUAUACAUGAUGACAGCGGGUGCUAUCAUUAAGGAUGCAUACUUUUGGGAGCGCAUUGGAUUUCGCAAUGCCUGGGUGACUGUCACACAGCUACGAGCGACUGAACUGGCUACACCGAUGGGUUGCACGGACUAUGUUUGUCACAGCAACAAUACAUGGGUUCCACUUCUGGACCGAAUGGGUUCGCGCCGACUUUCUCGAGUUGGAAUUGCAGAUGAUGGCGAUGUCAAGUGGGGAUUAGGUGGAUGGGCCAUUCUACUCUGGAUGGUGGUCACGUCGUUUAAGCCACUCCGAUCCGUUGCAUACGAGGUCUUUGUGGCCCAGCAUAUCAUUGCCGCAGUCAUCUUCCUGUGGGUUGUCUAUGUCCACGUCCCCGAGGAUGCACGCUACAACAUUUGGUUCGCCAUAGCAGCGUUAUGCUUUGACCGAGUCUUCCGCCUUGGACUAUUAUUGUGGCAGAAUUUGAAGUUCAACCCGAAUCCUUCCAAGUGCAAGGGCGGCCAGAAAUUUGGUCAUCAGACUCAAGUCAGUGCCGUGGGAGACUCCAUCACGAUACUAACGAUCAAAGAUGUUCACUUCAAGUGGCGAGCCGGACAGCACUUAUACCUGUGGUUACCACGAGUGGGGCUUUUGGAGGCACAUCCUUACACCAUCGCAUGCCCGCACCAGAUGCCGGCCACCUGCAUUUGCAACAGUAUCCAGCUCGUCGUCCGUUCACAUUCUGGAUUCUCGAAACGCCUUCACUCGUUUGCGAAAAAGUUGGAGUCGUCAGAGCAAAAACGAACGAUCACUGCCUUCGUGGCUGGGCCCUACGGUCGCCCUCCGCGCUGGGAUAUCUUCGAGACCUUGGUACUUAUAUCGGCCUCUACAGGUGCCUCGUUUACUCUACCGAUCUUGGAGAGUGUCCUCCAGUCAAAGGGCCCGAUCUGUACGAAGAGAAUAGAUUUCCUUCUUGCCGCCCGACAAGGCGAAGAGAUCGGCUUUUAUCUCGAUCGCUUACAUGAUGCUUUAUCAAAAGCUCACGAGAGAGGCAUCGAUUUAUCUGUUUCGAUAGCAGUAACGGGCAACGGCCAGCUCGAAACCAUUUCGGGAUCCUUGUCAUCGCGUUCAGGUUCUAGGGGCAGCCAGGAGAAGAAGGAUAGAAUUACUGAACGAACAGAGCCAUCAGAGAAGGUGGCAAGUGGAGGAUGCUGCUCGGCUAACGUUGAGGCGGGAGAUCCAUCUUUGAGCUUGCCCAGAAAGCGACUCUCAAAUACGAGCAUAGACUCUCACAUUCACCACUCCUCCUCCCGGCCGAAUGUAGCCGACUUUGUUCGCACGGCAGUGGAGGCAACGGGUGGUGAAACAGGUGUUGUGGUCUGCGGUGGGGUUUCUCUCGUCGCGAAAGUUCGAACCAGCGUGGCAAAACUCAGCGAUGAACGUGCUGUACACAAGGGUACCGGGGCGCAGGGCAUCCACCUUCAUGUGGAAGAGUACUGCUUCUAA